AUGGCUGAGGAAAGCCCACAUGAUUUGGCUGUCAUGAGAUGUGCUGUCAUUGGGCUCCUUCGUCUGAAAUAUGAGUUCCGAAACGUUUCUAGCAAGACGACGUGUUGCACUAGUGGAUACAGAGUUGGACUAACAUCAACGUGGAUCUGGCUUUGUGGUCCGGCAAAGGUUUAUGAUUCUUUUCAAGAAAUAAGGAUCUUCGCUUCCGCUCGUUUGGCGGUAGAAGACAAGAUAAAAAUGUUGGAUUUCAUGAAAAAAUUUCGAGAAAACGAACUGGGAUUUAGUUGCGGUGGUUUUUUCGUUGUGUCGAAGGGAUGUCCGGUAAAGGUGUACAGUUCGCUCUACUCCGCCUUCAACGUUCUGUUGCAAGUUCGGGACAUUUUGAAAGGCGGAGAUAACAAGUGCAUUUCUUUCGUUGCGCACAUUUUAAAUUUAUCUCAAAAUUCCACUUUGUUGCAAAAAUAAUCGCUAAUAAUUACCAUUUACGGAAUAUUGUAGAUAUUUUACUUGAUUUCAACGCUAAUUAUUGUAAAAACAUUUAAAUCGGUUUGACACGUUUGCAUUUUCCCGUUAAUUAAGUAAUUACAUAAUAUAUUCCGUUUAAUGAAUGAGAGGAAUUGAUGCAAUACGAGAGCGAUCUGUCAAGGGAGUGUCAUUCAGGAGAACUUUCUAUAAGAAAUUGGACCUGCUUUAGUUGUUAGACACGUAAA